AUGGCAACGGAACACGAUUUCAAAAUAAUUUUCAAUUCCGACCUGCCGUUACACUUGCAUCCAGGCUUUCCAAAUUACAAGGUGUGUACAUUUCGCGCAAGGACAAUCAUCGAUGAUGAUGAUGAUGAUGAUGAUGAUGAUGAUGAUGAUGAUGAUGAUGAUGAUGAUGAUGAUGAUGAUGAUGAUGAUGAUGAUGAUGAUGAUGAUGAUGAUGAUGAUGAUGAUGAUGAUGAUGAUGAUGAUGAUGAUGAUGAUGAUGAUGAUUUCCCAUGCGAGACUUCGUAG